AUGGGUUCGUCUGGCGAAAAUAGUCCACAAAUCCAUGGGGAUGCCCCAUCAUCUGCAUCAGAAAAGGACAGCACCGUGGGAAAUAUUGCCAACAACCACAACACGGCAUUGAACGAAGUUGGCGAAGAACCCAAACCUCAUCUCCACGCGAAGACAUUCUUAGCCGUCUUUGCUCAAGGUGCAUCUAUCGCAGCUCAGUUCAACGCACCGACCCAGUCGUCAUGGCUCUCUGGGUCGAUGGCAAUCUUCACUGUCGUGCUCGGCCCCAUAGUCAGCCAGGCUGCUGAUUACUGGGGCCGCAAGUGGUUCCUGGUCGGACUCAGCUUCUCCGGCGCCCUUGGUGCCCUGAUCACCGCCCUUGCAAACAGCAUGAACAUGCUCAUCGCAGGUUGCUGCCUCAUCGGAACUGCAUUCGGCAUGCAACCCCUCUUGCAUGCAGUGGUGUCCGAGGUGCUGCCUCGUGCGUGGAGAGGCUGGGCGCAGUCCAUCGUCAUGCUGUCCAACGCGCUCGGCCUUUCCGGCGGUCUCGUCAUUGGCGGAGGCCUGAACAGGGGCGGCGACCCGGACGGCUUCCGUUACUUCUUCUACAUCGGCAUGGCUUUCUUCCUCGCCACUGGUAUCAUAUGCAUCUUCGCAUACCGGCCACCGCAGAGAGAACUGCAGAGUUUACCGUUUGCGGAGAAGGUUGCCAAACUGGACUUCGUUGGUUACGCGCUUCUCGGGGCCGGCCUCGUCCUGUUCUGCCUUGGGCUCUCCUACUCGCAGAAUCCAUACUCCUGGUCUGAUCCUCACGUCUCGGCACCGUUUGCCAUCGGUCUGGCCCUUGCGGUUGCUUUGUCUGUGUAUGAGUACAAGUUCAAGAAGGAUGGGAUGUUUCAUCAUGGACUGUUCAAGAAGGACCGCAACUUUGCCAUCAGCCUCCUCUGUAUCUUUUGUGAAGGUAUCGGUUUCUUCGCCGCGAAUCAAUACUUCGCCUAUCAAGUCAAUGUCUUGUACUCAACAGACACACUCAUCGUGGGGCUCAACUACGGGAUUGUGUUCCUCACAUAUAUACCUGCCAGCUUGGCAGUUGGUCUCUACUGCACCAAAACGAAGAAAGUGCGCUGGAUAACAGUCACCGCUUUUCUGAUUUUCGUCAUUUUCUUCGCUUGCAUGAGCACAACAAACUCCAGCACGAGAAACGAAGUCUGGGGCUUCCCAGUUCUUAUGGGUAUCGGGCUCAGCAUGACGCUGAUCGCGCUGAUUGCAGCCGGCCAGCUUUCCGUGCCCCCUGAGCUCAUCGCUGUUGCUAGCGGUAUUAUGAUCUCCAUACGCUCUCUUGGCGGGACUAUUGGUAUCGCUAUUUACAACGCCGUAUUCAUCUCCGAAACCAAUCACAUUCCCAGCAACGUUGCGUCUGCCGCACUCGAAGCUGGCUUGCCGUCGAGCUCUGUAGAUGAGUUCGUCACGUACAUUGUUGCACAAAACCAGACUGGUCUCGCGACUGUGGCUGGGGCCACGCCUGCGAUCAUCUCUGCUGGCGCCGACGCCGCUUUGGAUACCUACGCCGCGGCAUUUCGUCUUGUUUGGCUGUCCGCAAUUCCCUUUUUGAGUAUUGCCGCUAUAUCGGCUGUAUUUUUGUUCGAUCCGACUGAAGAAUUCAACAACCAUAUUGACGCUCCUGUAGAGGACCAACAAGAGCUCUAUGCGAAGUAG